AAUUACUCACUUCUGUCACAAUAUACAAUUAUUUGCUCCCUAAGUACUUUGUCUCUGGCCUUGUCAGAUUCCUACCCAAGAGACUCCUAUUCAUUGGCAACCAAGUUAUUUGAUGCCCUAACAGUGGACCUCAAGGGUCACCUAAAUUGACGUUGAUGAAACGCUUUGCAAGCGGAUCGCCGGAACACCCCUUACUCCCUGGAUUCAGGAUGCAUGCUUUGGGAGCCUUUUGUUCGAAGGGCCAUUUGUUUAUAUCGAAGGCAGGUAGACCACUUGCCGGGCUUUGCGAACAUCUUAAAAACUCCGACCCACCACUGAGGCAACCCUCAUCACCCUAAACUUCGACAUGUUUGAGCAAUUUUUCGAUUUCUUUCGAGGGGCGGAGGACACAUUUGUUUUCGGAGAAGACCUCGGCAUGGCCAACUCCACCAUUCCUCCUCCAUUGCCUGACACGACACACGGCCUCCUUUUCCCAAAAUACGAAGAUAUCAUCAUCCCAGAGCAAUCAGAAUAUCCACCUACUCUUUGGGACUUUUACUCCAAUACAAUACUACCGGAUGCACUAUAUUUAUUCUCAGGCGCGAUGUCGAUGGAACAAAACGAAGGCAGCAGUUCCGGUCUGGUGCAAAACACACAACCAGAAUACCUUGAAGACCGUGAUGCUGAGGGUGAGCCAGAUCCUUGGUAUGAGCUGUCAUGCUCCGUGCCCGCGCCCAUUCCAUUGUCCCAAGGGACCCAAAAGACCCCAGUGACAUCCUAUGAGCGUUCAGACGCGAGCCUCCCAAUUCCCUCCAGUUCGUCAACUCCUCCAGACAACAUGCUGAACGGUCCUUCGCCAACUUUCUCCGACCUGCCUUCCAUUCCUCGAGCGCUAUAUGCCUAUGGUGUUAAAAGAGAUGCGAGAUCCAAAAAGGUUAUGGGAAUAAGCUCAAACGAACGCCGACCAUGCCCCUUAUGUUCUGAUGAUUUCCAUAAAUCGAGAUCAACGUCGUCGUCGAAGGAAAACGAUUGGUGGAGGCAUCUCCAGCAGGUGCACCUCAAGAACGAUGUGAUCUCAUAUAUUGCGAAAGGUCAUCACAUUGACAUCAUUGCACUCCUAUUUUUCACAACUCUCCGAUUUCGUUUUGAGGAGCAUCAUGAUGAACGAUGGUUCGAGCCAACCCGCGAAGAGUACAGCGAGAUAAGGGCUUUCCACUCGGUGUACGGCGAAGACCGAACGAAUGGACCAAUCAUCUUUACGAUCGAGGGAGGAGAGGUGCGUUACCCUAGGUUAAUGGCUCGGCUUGAAUCUUUCGCCCCUUCCUGGUGGGGCCAUUUCAUCUGUCCAUCGUGCGACACGCCGAUAGGACGGGAUCGGGCCAAAGAUCGCCACCCUCCCGGCCAUUGUAACGGGAGAGGCGAGGCUCUUCCCCCUCCAGAAUUUACACCAUGGCCGCUGCACCCUAUAGCGAUCGAUGGACAGACUGCCAAACGCCCCCACGCCUCUCCAACUCUCGAUAGUGAUGAUUACGCUCCCCCACGGAAGAAGCCGUGCAAGCGAAAGCGUGGGGAUUGAACCUCAGCGUCACCGCAACAUUCAUUUCCCGUUGCCGCGCAAGGAUCUCUCGAAAAGUACCUCUUAAAAGUUAAGCAUAGAGCGAAGUAUUCUCUUGGAUAUCAGUUGUGUAGACUUGUUGCUGGAAUCAUGAUCGAUCGUACCAAUAAGAUCAGACAAUGUUAAUUUCUUAUAACUUUGUAGCACUAUAGUACUAGC